CACACCAGGUCACUGCAGCGGGGACUCGAGAGAUCCUACGUGUUGAAACAUACCAGUGAUGCUGCAGAAACAACCUGGGACAUGGCUUCUGCAAGACAAUCUGCUUUAGAGUACAUUACAAAUGGAAGGCUACGUCUCAUCGGAAGGCUCCAGAAUCUUCCCCUCAUUGUGGAAAAACUGUUCCAGCGCAAGGUUCUUCACGGGGAGGAAGUCAGUAAAAUUCAGGCUGAAGUUGACCGUUUUGACCAAACCAGAAAAAUACUGGACUGGGUCUCGGCCAAAGGAGAGGCUGCAUGCUAUGAGUUGCUGACGAUUCUAUACAUCACAAGGAAGAGGACCUUAGACGACGCUGACUUACAGCAAUGGAUCAGCUGCUUCCCCUUUAAGGAAGACCCAGAGAUGACAGACUACCUUGUUGGUUCAAAACCCUGUCACGGAUAUCAGACACAGCUGAAAUGUAAAGCACGGAAGAUCACAAAUAGUGCAUGGAAACAAAGCUGUAGUCUCCUACCAGAGACAUGUAGAAAUGAGUGGACUUUAUCUUACACCCCUCUUGUGUUAGAUACAGAUGUGCAUUCAUCUCUCUCCAAAAUUAAAGUGAAGAGCAAAAGAUGCAAGAAAGCUCACCCUAAAAAGCUAAAGAGCUUCAUCCCCAUGGCCAAACAGGAAACAUCCCCUGCUGACCUGCUUAGGACACAUGAGAAAAAAAUCCUCCUUUUUGGAAAACCUGGAAUUGGAAAAACAACAGUCGCCCAUCAAAUGUUGAACCUCUGGGCAGAGAAAGAUCACAGAGAACUAGAUUACAUGUUUUAUUUUGACGUGAGAGACAUUUCACACAGAAAACCCAUGAGCCUGGAGGACCUUCUCUUUAACAUGUACAGUGAGCCCAAAAAAAGUAAAGAAGAAGUGUUACAGGAUAUUAAGGAGAACUCUGAAAACGUUGUCAUCAUAUUUGAUGGAAUCACAGACCUCUCCUCUCUGUCGGUAGUAAAGGAACUUAUGGAGAACCUCCUCCCUGAUGCAAAGAUUGUGACCACAUGCAGACCAGAUCAAUCUGAAGACUUCCUGACAGACUGGCCCGCAGACUGGUUCAGAGUGGAGGUGAAAGGGUUCAGUGAUGAAUCCAUCAGGGCUUACUUAACAGAGAUGCUGAGUGCUGAUCCUGACUCCUUGAGCAGUGUGUUAAACAACCUAGAGUUGUUCAGUCUGUGCCAUGUCCCAAUGUAUGCACUGAUGGUGAUCAAGAAGAUGUCAGAUUGGUUCUUCAAGGAAGUGGUGAACACAUUUCUUCCGUCUCAAACAAGCCAAGAUCAUGCAGAAGGUGGUGCUCCUGAGUUUGAGAUAGAUCUUCUGUUUUUGUGUCAGUGCUUGUAUGAACAUCAGUCUACUGAGGCCUGUCUCCUUCUCCUGGACAAACUGGACUAUCAUCUAGACCUGAGUGGAGAACAUCUUGAUCCUCACCAGUGCUGUGCAGUGUCUUAUGUGACCAGUCAGUCUGCAGAGAGAAAGGUUGGCUUGGACCUGAACGACUGCAUUGUGUCAGACCAAGGAGUAAGGCUGAUACUGGGCUCUCUGAAGAAUGUCAGACAUCUUGGGCCCUCCUCUGGUGAUUCAUCUGACCCCUCAAUGCUGUGUCAACUCUGGACAACUUUGCUGAGCAGUGUGGCAGAGAUGGACUUCACCAGCUUACUUGGUCUCUGUGGAAAUGAGUUGCACCUUCCAGUCCAGGGUGAAAGACGAGUGUUUGAGAGAGCAGAAGAAGUGAUGAAGCAGAGUCUAGAGAGGGUUCAUCUCUGUCUACACUGGGGUCAGAGAACUCUUCUCAGUGAAGCUCUCAGCAAAACCAUUUUAGACUGUUUAUCACAUAUCAACAAACUCAGGUUUACCCCACUAGAACAUCAGAGAGGAUCCCCUGAAAGACUGGAGACAGAAGAGAAAGCAGUCCUACUAGAUUUGUGUCUACAAGCAGCACUAGAUCACAGAGAAACUUUCCAGAGAGCUGUGAACACACUGCUGUCACUGUUCUCGGUGUAUCAAACUGAGAGUGAUUUCCUGCUGGAUCUGUACUCACAUGUGAACCACUUUACCAGCCAGCUCCUGCAGUCUGGUCCAUAG